AUGUCGGCCUCCGGAUACGUGAAGGGUCAAAUCACGAGGGCAACAAACGCCCUGAAGGAAAAACUGACGGCUGCGGAACAAACAAUGAUUGAAUUCUACGCUGUCAAGGACUCCAAAGAAGAUCUCGAGAAGGAUUCAAAGACGUCAACCCGCAAUCUAGUUCACGACAGUUCAAUAAGUCAUCGCGUAGAAGGCCGUCAACUCAAAGAAGCUCAAGCACACGUAGUGAUGGAUCACAAAGAAGGAGCUUGUCAAAUGAAAAGCGGACAGGAAAGAAACAGCUACGGUGCAGCUUUUGCCUUCAAACUAGGCACAAAACUGCAUAUUGUGACGAAGUGGUAUCACCUACGCAAGAAGGAGGAUAGUAGUGCAAUCGAAGUUAUGCUGGAAAACGAAACGAGUUCAGAACAAAUUCAAGAUCUCCGAGUCCAUAUUCAAAAGGACGAUCACCGAAAUCGAAUCAACUUGAACACACGUCCUAUCACGCCAGUACUGACAAAUGAGUCAGAAAACGGAUUUGUACUGCGGCCGAUUGAUCUCAUCAACCCAUAUUUCACACCCCGUAAUAUAGACAGAAGCAAUACGAACAACUUAAUAAACACCUUGGACUCACACGAGAAGUUGACAACUUCUUAUACAGCACUACAAGAAACAUUGGAAAUGUUUUGGAAGUAUUGGCAAAAGGAUUAUCUACAGAACCUAGCAGAGCGUAAUCAAACAAGGAUUCCCUUCAAACAAGGAGCGAAAGAUAGUCCAAAAAAGGGAGAUGUAGUACUCAUCAAGCAGGAGAAUAUUUCACGGUCGCACUGGCCUCUUGGAAUCAUAGUACAAAUCAAUAAAUCAGUUGACGGAUUGAUCCGAUCAGUAAAAAUAAAAACAGUAAGAUCUACUCCUCCUGCUCAGCGCGGGCCGACUCAGCAAUUGCGUUUUGCUAGUACAUCCCCUCCUUCCCAGCCACGUGACAAUUUUAGUUCAUCUCGUUCGUCACCGUUCAUUGAACCCGAACUGGAAUCUUCAUGGGCAGAACAGAUGACGGCGGAAACUGCAAAGGAUUCAACACAAUACACAGCUGCAACCUCAAAGGACGACAAAAAGAAACAGGGGAAGGUUGAAGCAGAAAUUGCAUCCGGAAUCGCGGCCCUAAGUGUCGGCAAAGAUGCGGAUAAGGAACAAGAGGCAAUGGACACCACUGACGUGGCUCAAGAAGGUCAGGCUUCAGCUCAUGAGGCUAAUCCGGACACGCGGGCACCAGCAAUUGAGAAUGGCCAACAAGACCGUAGUCAUUUAACAUCAAAGGACGAGAUAAUAAAUGAAGGACCGAGUACAAGUAAAAUCACCGAAACAAAGGAGGAAGUGUUAAAAAGACGAAAACAAAGGAUGGAAGCAGUGACAACGUUCCUGGAUGAAUUCACAAGGCAACCCGAAGCAAGAGAUCCUCCCGGACCCCUCAGAACAAACCCAGCCCCCACUUCCUUCAUGCGAAGACCAGAAGUUACCCCUUAUAGUACACUGAAUGUCGAACCAUAUACAGUAGAGGAGCUGACCGCGCGUCAGUUUAGAUCUGUAUUUGAUUAUAUCACUCAGAACAAUCUUUUGAGGGACCGAGUCCGCAACAUUCAAAUACCGGAUAAAGAAUCUACACCUACAAGACCCUCAGAUUACGAAGCCGUGGCGAAAAUAGUCCACACACUCCAAACACUUUUGGAGUUAGUUCAACAAACGACCAAGUCAUUUCAUAAUUUGGCGGUAAUAUUAGUCAGAAGGCUGCCCAUGGACUUUAGAUUCACCCAUCUUAUGGGAUGGAUCCAUGAGCUCACGCAUGGAAUUACCUCGAUCACAGUAAACAGAGACAUACUCCAGGAACUAACCUUACCAAGACUGUUUCAGUGGUCACGCGACCAAAACUACUUUAGAGCUACGCUACAGCUCUUCAAUGUGACAGAGGAGACCUCUUACAGAUAUACUCCAACUUAG